AUGAACUCCUACCACCACGCAGGCGCUGAUGAACAUGCUGAUCAGCCGCCUGAACCUAUGUCAACAUCCGUGUUGGGCUCGCCGGACGACUGUCAAUACACAGGCACUGGCGAAUCGUCUGUCCAACAGAGAGCCCCAAAUGAAUCCAGUCAAAAGACUAAGAAGCGUCGUCAAAGGACACGGAAGAAGAGCUCGGGGAAAGGCCACAACGACAACGCUGGUAAUGACAGAGAUGGCGGAAAUGGCCGAAAGGGAAUUUUCGAUGGCCUUAGAUAUCCCCAGCAAACUAACCCACCCAAGGUGUUCGGAUGCCCGUUUUAUAUAAGCGAUCCAGCGCAGCACCAUGAAUGUUCUUCGUUUCGACUUCGUCGCCUAGCAGAUGUCUCGCAACACAUCGUCAGGUCUCAUAUGCUGGGAGACAAUGUUCCUGAUAUACUUCCAAGUAUUUCGUCAGACAAAAUAUGUGUUUACUGUACAUGGUGCCGCCAAGAGUUUCAUGGAUCGGGUGCUGAGAGGAGGCUCCACGACCACUCUACGGCCUGUCAAGCUAGGAAACGACCAGCGACUAUUGAGGAAACGGGGGUCUUAGUGCCUGAAGAAUUUAAAGAACUCAGAUCAGAGCUGAUGAUGGCUUCUGGAAAUAUCGCAAAGUGGAACGUCAUAUGGCACAAGUGUUUUCCUCACACACCAGCCCCGCCGCCAUAUGUAGAUAUACCUGCUUCCCAACCAGAGGCGCAGCGAAUACUUCAACAACUUCUAGCAUCGUCUGCUGCAAACCCUUGGUCAUCUGCAGAGAUCAGGCAGUCCUGGAUUGACAAAGCUUUGAGUGCAAUCUACAGUGGCUCACCUUUUAGUGGUACCGAGUCUCAAGCUAACGACGCAAGCACUAUCCACUCUACUCUCCGUUCUUAUACUUCGGACUACGAGGAAAGCACAUUUGAUGACCCGGAUGAUGGCUCCUCCACUGAUGCUGAGUCCUACAUUGAUCUGUGCGACAUGCACCAAUGGACGCGUCCUCUCAAGAAUGCAAUUCUUGAUGUUGACUACGAUAGAGUCCAUUAUAUCUUGAGGAACUCGCUUGAGAAAGUUGCCGUUGGCGAGUAUUCGUGGCUGUUGGAGCUGAAAGCAUUAGGCCUAUCGGCGGAUGAAAUUGCUGAUGAACUACUGGAAAGGGCCCAGCAUGGGCCAUGGAUAUAUUCGCAGAUCAAUGCCCCUCAUGUUGAAACUUACCAGCAUGGCUUUCAUAUCCCAAGAUGCCUCCAUGUUAGGAAGGAGGAUGAGACAACGCCGACAGGAUUGUUGCAUCCAAGCCAGGAUCUGAUGAGCAUCGACACGGAGUAUGAAAAUUCAGUUCGCGAGACUAUUGGGUACUUAUGCGGUAUCGGAGGGGUAAGCCCUAUGCCUGACGGGUCGCACAGUCUCCAGUUUGGGUCCGUUAGUUUUGAAAACUCCAAGUCGACUGCAAUUGUCUCUCUCAUGAACAGACAUGAUGCCCAAGUCGUUCCAAAUGUUUCUCAAAGUCUGCACAAGGCAAUCGGUGCCCUUCAGCAGGUCGGUGGAUGCUGUGACUCAUUCACAUUUCUGACAAGACAGGAGUCCUUUGUUGGGCUCGAACGAGUCGACCCUGGCGAUAAAUCGCGACGAAGUCCCCUUAUAUCACUCACAAAUUCAGAAUCCAGUUUAGAUACUUUAAAUCCACAGCUCCUCGACUCACUGACGGCCCAAUUCCUUUCUCUUGCUUUUGCUCUCUACGCGCAAGGUCACUGCGAGCCCUUUGAGCCAUUCUUCCUGGACACUUCCCUAAAGCGUAUACUCUUGAUCGGAAACCAGACUUGGGGUCCAUCUUUCAGUGGGCCUUGCAUACUCGCUUCUCCCGUGGAGCUGAGCUGCUUUGGUGAGAUGAUUCAACGCAGAGUGUUCGCCUUUCAAUAUUUUGAGGCUUUCGAAAGGUCAAAGGUAUUCUCAGAUUCUGAUAAGAAGUUCGACCUGAAAGCCCACCCUGAGGACUUGCUGGAUACCUGGGGUCCUGGAAACUUCAUUAUACAGAAGGAUGAUCCAGAAAGCCUCCAUGCAAUCUCCAUUGGCGGUGGCCUGAUCACCUCCGCCUUGGCAGAAACAGAGAGCAACCAAUUGCCUAAUCUCCACUGGAGCCCAGCAGCAGAGUGCAAUGUAACAUUCUCGUCAACAUUCCCUCGCAAUGAAAAGCUGAUCAUUGGGUCGAGAGUCUCGAUAAACCAGGCCUGCAAGGUGACACCUCAGAAUCAAGUCCAGAUGGCUAUUCCGUGGUUGAAGGAGUUAGGAACAUUCCCGAGCUACUGGGAGGUGUCUGAAAGGCAGUUGGGACUUGGCUUGCAGGCCGGAACAGGCGCUGUGGGAACAUUGGGCUUCGCCCAAACGUACAUAAAGAGACUGGGCCAGACCAAGAAGUCCAGCAUCCUCGCCAAGAGAUCGCUUUCCAUCGCCGAUCUAGAAGGGUCUUUCGCUGUGCAGGUUAGCUUCUGUACUGGUAUCGCGCGACGGGUACAGCUUCGAGAGCUCCUAGCCGAUGUCUUACCCUUAUACGUUUCGGACCUCGCUACACAGCCAUGCUACUGGAAGAAACUUCAAGAUUGCAAUAUCUGCGAGAUAUUGCGAGAUACGGACUUCAAAACGCGGUACCAGAAGCUGGAUCGUGAACUACAAGCAGAGUUCGAGACUCUUGCUAUCUCCAUCCUGUUUCUAUUGCAAGACACGGGUGUAGAUAGGAAGGGCGAAAACUUCGUUGUUGGUUGCAUCCCGCCAGGGUCGGCAAUCCAAUGCUUCAAAAUUCCCAUCGAGAAGGAGAGCUUCUGGGCCCGAAUACUUGCCGACUCCGAGGACGUCGCGACAUUCGCUUAUGUAGCGCCGAGGUGCUUCGAAACCGACCUAAGGAGGUGUCGAGGUCCAAAAGAGCCAUGGGUGAAUACCACUGCCCUCUUGUCCACCGCUGUAUCACUGUGUCAAGAUCGCAUGGAGGGAAUAGCAGCGCAAAAGCAAACAAGUUGGACUCUGAAGGACUCAGAAGCGUAUCUUAUCGGGCGAGUUGACGCGCCUUUGCUCGUAAGAGUGAUUCGACCCAACGUCCAGGAUGAGCCGGAAUUGCUAGUAUCAAUGAGCACAAUUAUUGCCCCGUUUCUGAGAAGGUGGAGCAGGAAGCAAGGCUAUAAAAGGCCGUGGAGGUUGCGAGAGAGUAGAGCGAUUGAUCAUCAGCAUCAGAUGGCUGAGAGCGUUGUUGUGACUACUGACUUUGAGAAUUCGUGGUGA